CGCGGCCCAGGCCAGCGCGGGGUGUGCGUCGGCGUCGCGGCCAGCAGAGGGAUUCUGGGUAACGGCCCCGGCAGGCUGGGGCGGCUGGCUCCGCGCAGCAGGUUCCGCUCACGCCAAGCCCGUUGGCAGUGGCGGCUCUAGGGCUGGGGGCAGCCGGACAUGGAGCAGCCGUGGCCGCCGCCGGGACCUUGGAGCCUCCCUCGGGCCGAGGGUGAGGCCGAGGAAGAGAGUGACUUGGACGUGUCCCCCAGUUCUCCCCGCUGCCCGCAGCUGCCGGGCGGCGGCGCCCAGAUGUAUAGUCAUGGAAUUGAACUGGCUUGCCAAAAGCAGAAAGAGUUUGUCAAGAGCUCUGUGGCGUGCAAAUGGAAUCUCGCAGAAGCCCAGCAGAAACUUGGUAGCCUAGCCCUGCAUAACUCGGAGUCCUUGGAUCAGGAACAUGCCAAAGCACAGACAGCGGUAUCGGAGCUGAAGCAACAUGAAGAAGAGUGGAGGCAGAAAGAAGAGGCUCUCGUACAGAGAGAGAGAAUGUGUCUGUGGAACAUGGAUGCCAUUAGCAAGGAUGUUUUUAAUAAGAGUUUUAUUAAUCAAGAUAAAAGAAAAGAAAUAGAAGAUGAAGAUAAAUCCAAAUCAUUUAUGCAGAAAUAUGAACAAAAAAUCAGACAUUUUGGUAUGUUGAGUCGAUGGGAUGAUAGUCAGAGAUUUUUGUCUGACCAUCCAUACCUUGUAUGUGAAGAAACUGCUAAAUAUCUUAUUUUAUGGUGUUUUCAUCUAGAAGCUGAACAGAAAGGGGCUCUAAUGGAACAAAUAGCACAUCAAGCUGUUGUGAUGCAGUUUAUUAUGGAAAUGGCCAAAAACUGUAAUGUGGAUCCAAGAGGGUGUUUUCGUUUAUUUUUCCAGAAAGCCAAAGCAGAGGAAGAAGGUUAUUUCGAAGCGUUCAAAAAUGAACUUGAAGCUUUCAAGUCAAGAGUCAGACUUUAUUCUCAAUCACCAAGUUUUCAACCUAUGACAGUUCAGAAUCAUGUUCCCCAUUCUGGUGUUGGAUCUAUAGGUUCGUUAGAAUCCUUAUCACAAAAUCCAGAUUAUCUUCAGUAUUCUGUCAAUACAGCUCUUUGCAGUUUAAACUCAGUGGUACAUAAAGAAGAUGAUGAAUCCAAAAUGAUGGACACUGUAUGAUUUGGUUAAGACUGCUGAGGCCAAGUGCUAUUUUGUUACAAGAAAGGAAGAACUUGGCUAUUUUCUUGACACUUUUAUGGGUGCUGCACUUUAUUUUUGUUCGGUUUUGAUGGGAGGGGAAAAAAGAGUACUGAAACGUUUUGUAAAAUUUUUUUUUAUGUGCUGCUAGGUUUUUUGUUUUUUUUCUGAAGAGAGGAGAGUGAUACCAUAUGUUGUGGGAUGUCAAACUGGACUUUGGGUUUUUUUGGUUUUCUUUGGCUACUAAAUUUGCCUUUAAUCUUAUUGUACUCAAUUUUGGAAUCAAAGUAGGAAAAUCUGCACAAAUGCAAUGUUUACAAGAACCGGUUGAUUCUAGGAGGCAUCUGCUACAGUCUCUUUUUAUAUGGGUAUGUACAUGUCCUACGCUACAAAAAUAAUUAAAGAUAAAAUGUACUUGUAUCCUGCUAA